UCAUUGAGUACCAUUACUCCGGCUCUCGUGCACGUAUAUCCAGUACAACUCGAUUUUUUUUUUUUUUUUCUCUUCUCCCGUAAACAAAAAAUAAAAUGCCGGACUACAAGCUGUGGUACUUCAACAUUACCGGUCUCGGUGAGCCGAUCCGAUUCCUCAUGAGCUACGCCGGCCUGGACUUCAAGGACCACAGGCUCAGCUUCGAGGAAUGGCCCCAGCACAAAUCGAAAAUGCCGAUGGAGCAGAUGCCGAUUUUAGAAAUCGACGGCAAAGUUUACCACCAGACCAAAGCCAUCUGUCGCUACUUGGCGAAGCAGUGCAAGCUCUACAGCUCCGAUGAUCUUGAGGCUUUGGAAAUCGAUGGCAGCAUCGACGAUAUCGAUGACAUGAGGAUCCAUUGCAUGAGAUUUUUCCGCGAGGACGACGCCACAUACAAAGCGAAACUAAAGGCCGCGGCUCUUGAAAAAAUGCCCUUUUAUCUGGGCAAGUUCGAAGAGAGGGUGAACAAGAACGGCGGCUUCUUCGUUGGCAGCAAGAUGACUUACGCGGACAUCUACUUCACGCCGGUCAUCGAUUUGCUCACUCACUUCUUGGAGCACGACUACCUCAAGGACUACCCAGCCUUGAAGAAGUUACACGAUACCGUUUCGGCACAUCCCAAAAUCAAGGCUUACCUCGACAAGAGACCGAAAACUGCGUUCUAAAUUGAUAUCAUAAAACCUUUUCUUUUUUUUCUCUUUUUUUUUUUUUUUUUUUUCUAUCAAUCCAACGUUCUAUUUGUACUGUUGCAGAGCGAAAAACUUUGAUGAAAAAUAUUAGAUUAAAGAUGGAUAAUUAAACAGUAUUGUUUAUAC